GCUAAAACAAAAGUAUACCUAUGCUAAUCGUCACUCCACAUGGUUGAAACCUUAACUCGAUGUCGUCUCUGCCGCCAAAGCCCAAUCACCAAUUUUGUCCCUCGAUCUCUAUACGCAAAAGAAGAAGAAGAGGAGGAUGAGGAAACAAUGGCGGCAGAUCGAGAAAGAGAAGAGAAAGAAAGAGCUGAACGCUCCUCGAGAGAAGAGUUGCGGUUGCUUUCGGUGGACGGAAGAUACGAGUCGUAACAAGAGAAGAUUCUUUAUUUUUUUUAUUUUUUUCUUAAUCCAUGUGGAUUGGUGGCGAUGAAAUAUCAAAAACUCAAAAUUUUCGUCAGUUCAACCACAGUGUUAAAUGAUAUCGUUAGAGGGAAUGACGGAAGUAACUAUUUUAUUUGUUUUGAAAAUUUUGACCAUAACUGCAGAGAAAGUUGGGUAGGGAUGACAAUUUUUCCCAUACCCAUGGGUAUUUUACUAUCCAACCCAAUUGGGUUGGGUAUGGAUUCCAAAUAAAUGGUAGAUGGGUAGAGUUUGAUGGAUUUGUACCCAUACUCAUUUACUUGGGUUGGGUUGGGUUUUUAACCCAUGGAUUUGGGUUUGUACCCAUGCCCAAAGGCAAAUUACAGUUUGGUACGUAAACUUAAUAGAUAUGCAGAUUUAGUACCUAAAUUUAUUUUUUUGCAUAUAAGUCCUUAAAAUAUCGAUGGAAAAUUACGUUUUGGUACCUAAAUUUUUUUGGUCUUACAUUUUGGUACCUAAACUUUUUAAGUUUUACAAAUAGGUCCAAUUUUUUGUGUGUGUAGUUAAAACACCCUCAAGUAAAUGGAUAUCCAUAUCCAACCCAUACUCAUUUGCAUUAUGAAAGCAAUAUCCAUACCUAACCCAAACCCAUCUACAAACCCCCAAAUCCAUUUACACUUCAUCCAAACCCUACUCAUACUAAAUGAAUUUAUUUGGAUUUGGGUAAAAUUACCCAUGGGUGGGUAAUUGCCAUCCCUAAAGUUGGGGGUAUUUCGCAAAAAAAAAAAAAACAUCGAGUAACUAAAUCAAAAUAAUUGCAUGAAGUAAAAAAAAAAAAAAAAAAAAAACACAAACAUUUCAACCGAUGAUGGUGAUGGAAAGUGAGCGGGCCCAGUAACCCGGACCGCCCCAGGCCCAGCCAGCCGCGUCCUCUUUCCAUCCACACACCCGCCGCAGUCUCAUCACCUGUCCUCCAACCCACCCCAUCUCCCAAAAACCCUCCCCUUCUCUCCAUCAGAUCAAUCCACCGUUUCCCUACAUAUCAUCUUCACCGUACACCCCCUCCCUUUCCCGUAGAACUCGCCACACCCAAUCACUCCUCCAUCCCAAACCUCUGAAACAAACAAAGAGCACACAGCACACCCAGCGCGCGCGACAAGCUGCAGCAGAGUACGGCGCAAAUUGAUGAAUGAAGGCCACAGCACAGCUGUCUUCCAUUCCCCAAAUUCAAUUACUCUCCCCUCCCACUCUCAUCUUCUUUCCUUCCUCCAUUUCCCCUUUUCUCACUACCAAGCAAGCAAAAAACCCAUUCCUCAACGGAAAGAAGCAAUGGCAGCCAACAAAACCCGUCCUCCCCUGUUUCUCAUCUUCCUCUUGCUGGUCGGAUCGUUGAAUUCCACCCCAUCUUCGGCGACCGGCGGCGAGGGAAUGCUGAGCUCUGUCGCUUCCGAGGAGUGGCCGAUCGCGAUGUCCAUCUACGGCGGCGGCGGCGGCUUGGAUUCGGAGGACGGAGCGUCGGCCGAUUGGGAGGGAGAAGCAAACGAGGAAGAAGGGAGCAGCAGCAACAGGAGGUCGCUGUUCUGGAGGAGAUGGCCGUACUACAUCUCGUACGGAGCUCUGUCGGCGAAUCGGAUCCCUUGCCCGGCGAGAUCUGGGAGGUCGUACUACACCCACAAUUGCUACAAGGCCCGCACCCCGGUCAACCCUUACUCCCGCGGCUGCUCCAGAAUCACCCGCUGCCGGGCGUAAAAAAAUGGGAACUUUAGAGUGAGCAGAAAACAGAGUGUGGGUGAAAUUCUCAGUUCAGGGCAGGAAUUUUUUUGUUUGUUUGUUUGUUUGAUCUCUGUGUGUUGGUCUACUGUAAUUUCUUGCUUCAUUUCCCGUUCUUUUUGUAAUCAUGUCGGCAGGGGGAGUUGGGGAUUUGGGAUCCAGGCAUUCUUGGUGGUAAAUGGUAAGUUGCUAGGUAGAUCGAAUUUUGUUUGUAUGUGUAUUGUAAUGUAACGAUUAAUAAUUGUGCUGUACUGGAAUUCUAGUGAUGAUUAGAAUGGAAUUCUUUAGAUUCCGUGGGGAUGAUUAAUUAAUGGAAUUCUAAGAGCAAUUAAUAAUGGAUAUCUGAUUAGCUUACUCACUGUAAGGCUGCGAUGGGUGUGCCAGCAACAGAGCAGUUUGGUUGCUUCGUUCCUGUCGCUCUUCUUCCUCCUCCCUUAUAUUAAUUAACCACAUGGGUUUUGAGAUUAGUGCAAUAUUCUUGAGCUUAAUACAAUCGAGAUGCGUCCUGAUAAUGCUAGAAAAGUUUCGUCAUCGUGGCGAUCCAACGACUAAAAGUCAUUCAAUCAUUCAUACCAUCCCCUGUUUUUGUUUUAGCCAAACGGUGGGAUCUGCUAAGAGAAUCCUCCUUUAAGGUGAUUAAUUACAAUGAUGGGGGGAAAAGGUUUCUACUUUUGUUCUCUCACGGUGGAUUAGGAUGAUGAAAAGGAGAGUUCGACGUUCAUUAUUUGGGUGAAUAAUUUAUGGGUCGAGGUUAGAGGAAGCAACUUGGUUACUUGAAAGGAGAGUGGGUGGCCGCUUUAACUCUGCAUUUGUCUAGCUACCUGCUCUGUUUUGGACUGUUAUAGCAACGAGUUAUAAUUGUUGAACAUGGUCUGCUCUCUUCUCUCUUGUCUCCAAUUCCAACAACUACCACUUUUCGCCAUAAUUCCGGGAGGGUUCUUUCCUUCUCUUUCUUUUUCUCUUCCUACUUCCCAUUUCCUUCGCCUGCCACUCAAAUUCUAUCUAUCCAUUCAUUUUGGUUAACUGGGAUCGAACCCAAAGCCAAAAGCAGGGGAUCGAUCAACGUACAGUUGAAUUGAACUGUCCUAUUACUCUGUUUCGGUUAAUAUAAGUAGCCGAGUUUACCGGUUGUCGUAUACUAUUAUUUCAAUUUCCUGAAUGGUCCGAGGAUUUUACGAAUUGGAAGAAAGAAAUGCAUGUUAAAUGCACUUAUAAUGGAGUUCCAUUAUCCGAAAGGCCGAGCUACUCGUGAGCAACUCGAGGCUCGAAUUGGGAAAAAACUCGUCCGAAACUCGACUCGUUUACUAGCAAGCGAAGUUUGAGCUUAGCCUUGUUCAGCUCGCGAGCUAGCUCGACUCAGUGUCUUGUUGAGCUCAACUCGUGAGUUGGCUCAUUUAGAGCUCAUGAGAUGUCUCAACAUUGUGGCUUGAGGGUCAACUUGAUCACCGACUUAUGGACGAAUCGAUCUAAUUUGGACUUUCAUAAUUCAUAGGAUUGUUAAAUUAUAUAUCUCACAUCAUGUGAAGUUUAACAUGUUGAACAUGUAAGAAAAUAUGCCUUAUUUU